UGAACAUAUCUUGAAGUACUUUGAAAAUGGCUCAGAUUUCUAACAUCUCUCACCAGCUGCAGCUGAAAUGUUCUGGUGAACAGUUCUAUGAGUUUUAUAGGAACAAAAUGGACCGUCUUACUCAAAUGUUUCCUAAAAAACUUUUGGGCUACAAAAUUGUGGAAGGAAACGGUUGCGCUCAUGGCAGCGUCGUCCAGUGGAAAUACAAGCUUGGAGGCAUACAAGAGGCAAAGCAAAGGCUACAUAUGGAUGACAAAAACAAAGGAAUAACUCUUGAAUUUAUUGAAGGAGAUUUGUUUAAAGAGUAUGAGAUGAUAGCAGUGAAGGGUGAAGUUAGUGAUGGUGGGAGCAAUGGCAUCAGCUCAGUUAAAUGGUCAGUGGAAUAUGUGAAGGUAAACGAAGAUGUUGAUCCACCACAUAAGUAUCUCCAAUUUGCACUUGAAUUGGCCGAAGGAGUUGAUGCUUACCUUUGCAACAAUAAUUGAUAACUAUCAAUAAACAUCAACUAGAUUUGGUGUAAUUGAAAUAUAUCUAAAUAAAUCUCUAUUAUCGUGUUAUUAUGUGUA